ACAGCACAGGUCCUUAGUCUGCCUGGCUGAGGAGAUGUCACACACCCUAGCUGUAGAAAAGAUGAACCUUUUAGUUCUGCCCUCCAUUCUGCUGGUCAUUUCUACUGCCCAUGCUUUCCAGUAUGCAGAGCUGGCACAGUACAUUGACAGCCAUCAAGAAGAAUAUGUAGAGGUUCUGCGGAACUGGGUUGCAAUUGAAAGUGACUCCAGCAACAUCCUGAAGAGACCAGAUCUACACCGCAUGAUGGAGAUUACGGCUCAGAAGCUGAGGCUGAUGGGAGGAACUGUAGAGCUGGUGGACAUUGGAGUACAAGAACUUCCUGGUGGACAGAUGAUAGCUUUGCCUAAAGUGGUGACAGCUCAGUUUGGCAAUGACUCCAACAAACACACAGUGUGUGUGUACGGUCAUGUGGACGUUCAGCCAGCGAAGCUGGAGGAUGGCUGGGCAACGGAUCCCUACAACCUGACUGAUAUUAAUGGUAAUCUAUAUGGAAGAGGUGCAUCAGAUAACAAGGCCCCGGUUUUAGCCUGGAUCCACGCUGUGGAGGCUUACCAGGCCCUCAAUAUGGAGCUACCAGUGAAUGUGAAGUUUCUCAUCGAAGGCAUGGAAGAGACAGGCUCUAAUGGUCUGGAUGCCAUGAUCCUGGCCCAGAGAGACACCUUCUUCUCUGAUGUGGAUUACAUAAUCAUCUCAGACUGCAGCUGGCUUGGCCAACGACCUGCCCUCACCUACGGCACUAGAGGCAAUUGCUACUUCUUUGCUGAGGUUGAAGGACCAAAACAGGACUUGCAUUCUGGAGUGUAUGGAGGCACUGUGAUUGAACCAAUGACUGACCUCAUUGGAAUUCUUGACACACUGAUCACCCCCAGUGGUAAGAUCCUGAUUCCUGGCAUCAGGGAGGCUGUGGCUCCCCUCUCUGAUGAAGAAUGGAAGUUGUACCAGGACAUUGACUUUGAUAUGGACAACUAUAAGAACAAGAUUGGUGUCAGUCAACUCAUGUACAGCAACAAGGUUGACUUGUUGGCCCACAUGUGGCGCUACCCCACGGUCUCCAUCCAUGGCAUUGAAGGGGCCUUCUCUGACCCUGGCACAAAGACCGUCAUCCCUGCUAAAGUCACUGCUAAAUUUUCCAUUAGACAAGUUCCCAACAUGGAUCCUGCUGUGGUAAAGAAACAGGUGUCAGACUACCUUCACUCUGUGUUCGCCAAGAGGAAGUCUCCAAACAAGCUGAAAGUCACUAUGGUGAUCGGGGCAAAGCCUUGGCUAGCUGACACUCAGCAUCCUCUGUAUGAGGCGGGGAAGGCUGCUGCCAAGACAGUUUUUGGCAUGGAUCCCGAUCUGAUCCGUGAGGGAGGGACCAUUCCCAUUGCCAGAACCUUCCAGGAUGUGAUGGAGAAAAGCAUUAUCAUGCUUCCCAUCGGAGGCUUUGAUGACGGGCUGCACUCCCAGAAUGAGAAAAUAAGCAGGUACAACUAUAUUGAAGGAACCAAGCUAUUCAUUGCCUACCUGAACGAGGUAGCCCAGAUUAAGAAGACAGUCAUGUAAUGCUCUGCAGUGUUAUGAAGUGAUCUCUUUAACCUUUCUAGGUAUGAGCUCUCCUUGACACAAGUCUGGUUUUAUAUUUUCACUCUGCCUUUACCUCUCUAUUAUCCAUUUGUUCUGUGUCAAGCCAAAGCUCUUAUUGAUCUCAAGCAUAUCCUGCCUCACACCUGACCCUCCAGUCUCUUUCUAUCUUAAGUGUUUUCAAAUCAAGCCUUUAAUUGAACUCAUAAAUGUACAGUACACUGGAAGAGGAACAAUGAAACUAUCUAUCUAUCUAUCUAUCUAUCUAUCUAUCUAUCUAUCCAUUUUUGUCAUUGUAAGUGAAUGUACAUGCUAUGACAUGCUUUUCUUCACUCACUUUGCAUAUGUGAUAUUUGUUUUAUACCUCAUAUAAUGUUAUACCGUAAGUGUGUGCCUGUCUUCUAGUAAAAGCUGUCCAGCAUGUACUGUA